AUGUGGAAUAAUACUUCUUUUGGAAUACUACUUUUGGAGUUGUUUGCUCUAUCUUUAUUCUUGAUGGGUUAUUUUUAAGUCAAGACAACUUUUGAAGAUAUUAAUGAAGUAGAAUCAUCGAAUGACAAACCAAUGAAAAUAAUACUACUUUUGGUGGAUGCUUUGAGAAUUGAUUUGUUUGCAAAUAAAAACUUCACCUUCUAUUAGAAUAUGAAAGAAAACCAAGAGGAGUAUUAAAUUCUGUAUUAUGGAAUCUCAUCUACGCCAACUGCAACUUAAUUAAAUUUGCAAUCGAUCACUACAGGCAAUUUUCCAGCAUUCAUUGAUUUCGGUUCAAAUAUGGCUGCAUAAGAGUUAAAAGAAGAUAAUGUAAUCUAUUCGAUGAAGAGAAAUAACAAAAAAUUGGCAUUAUUAGGAGAUGACACUUGGUUUCACAUGUUUCCAAAAUCAUUCGAUUAUAAAUUUGUUUCGGAAUCAUUUGAUGUAAGAGAUUUAGAUUCUGAUGAUAAUAUUAUCAUUAACAAUAUUGAGGAUUUGAUUAAAGAGAAUAAAUACGAUUUUAUUGUUGGUCAUCUUCUUGGAAUUGAUCACUCUGGACAUAGUUAUAACGAUAGUAAUUAAGCACUAUGGAAUAAAUAGCAAUAAUAUUCAGAUCUGUUAUAUAAAAUAUACAACUAAAUGGAUAAUUAAACAAUUUUGUUUGUAGUAGGUGAUCACGGAAUGUCUUAGGAUGGUAAUCAUGGAGGUGAUAGUCCUUAUGAAGUCAGCUCUACAAUCUAUGCUAUCAAUAAAUAGUACAAAUUCAAUAAGAAACUUUUCGAUUAAGCCAUCAAUAGUCAACAGUAUAUCAAUUAGUAACUAAUAGAUCGAAAUUUAUAUAUUAGAUAAAUAUAUAGCAUUAAUUUGGCUCCCACUAUUUCAUAUCUAAUGGGAUCCUCUCUCCCUUAUAGUAAUAUGGGAGCCAUUUUAACUGAGAUGGUCAAUACAAAGGAAUAGUAAGAAAACAGUUGUAAAGAGAACUUAAUUUAAAUCAUCAAUUACUUAAGUAAAUUGGCGAAGGUUUAGGGCUCAAUAAACAUAAAUUUAUAAUAAUAUGAAUAAAACUUAUAAAGUAAAUAAUUCAAAUGCCAAUAAAUUUAAGAGAUAAUAAAAGAAUUGCAGUUUGAACUGAAAGAAAAUGUCAAAACCUAUGAUUACACAUUAUUAUUCCUAGGUUUGAGUAUGAUGGUCAUCUUGUUUGCUUUUCAUAUCUUAAAAUAAUCUGAAUACUUGUUUAAUAAACAGUUCUCAAAUUAACAACAAUAUAUUUUCUAUAGGCUAGAAUUUUUCGUUCUGAUAAUUCCUGCUGCUAUAUUGAUUGAUCUCAUAUUUUCACAUUCUAGUUCAAUCAAGUUUAUUUCAUUCUAUUUGAUAUUGGCAAUAUUAAAAUAAAUACUUUAACCAUUGACAUAGAUGUAAAAUAUAAGAGUUAUUUUAACCAAAGUUAUAAGCCCAUUACCUCAUUAUAGAUAAUACUUUAUGAUAUUUGCAAAUAUAAUAACUCAAAUUGGAAUACAAGUGUUAUCUGUCAAUAGAUAAAUAGUGUCUUCAUCUAAUAUCUUUGGUACUUUAUUAAACAUUUUUAUAAUCCUCUUCAUCACUCAAUUUAAAUUGAUUAAACAAAUUCAUUAUGUUUUAUUAGCUUUAGGAUUGCUAAUUUUGGCUGAAUAGUAUAAUCUUCCCUAAGAAUCAAAAAAACCUUUUUCACCCUUAACAAUUGUUUCGAUAAAUUUCAUAUUUGAAUCAUUUUGGAUUAAAUUUGUUUUGCCUAUUAUAUUCCUCUAAAAAAUACUCUACAAAUUAAAUUUUAAGAUAUAUUUUUAUAUUUUCUUGGGUUUGGCUUAGUUCAUUCAUUUUUAUAACAAUUGCCCAAUAUUUAAUAACAUAUUAAACCAAAUAUUUGAGGGUCACCUAAGAAUAAUAACUAUCUAUCUUCCUAUGUUAUUAUACAUAAGCUCUUUAGCCAUGAUUUUCAUUUUUCGCGAUUUUAGUUACUUUUUCUUAAUCAUAUUAACAGUUUCAGGAAAGUAAGGAAUGAUGAUAUACUGCUGUUUAUUUUAUUCAGUUCAUUAUUUGACGAAGUUCUACAUGUGCAUUGAUAGAGCCUGGUUGCCUCCAGUAGCUGGAGCAACGAUAUAAUUGAUGUUGAAUUAUAGUUGGUUUUGUCUGGGACAUAGGAUGUCAUUCAGUAACGUGAAAUUUUAAGAUGCUCUUAUUGGCUCAGAAAGUUUUAACGUAGUAUUUAAUACCACCUUAUUAAUAAUAAGCAUAUUUGGAGUAUUUGCAACAAUAAACAUAAUAAAAAAUAUUACAUUGUAAAUUCUAGUAGAUGAGUAAAGUCUGCAAUAAAAAUUUCCAAUACAAUAAUUUAAUAAUAGAAUAAUCGAUUUUUUGAUAAUCGUUCAGUUUUCUUAAGUUACUUUUGCUGCUCUUCAUAAUAUGUUAAAUUUAUAUCAUUAAAAUAUAAUUGAAUUAUUUGCCUAAAGAAUUAUUUAUGAAUCCAUAAUUUUUACUAUUGUUAUUUUAGUUAGAUUGUUCAACACAAUAUUUGAGAAGACCAUUUGUUAAAAACAAUAUGAAUUUUAUUUUUAACCUUAUUAAAAACUAUCAAAUGAAAUCAAAGAUAAAAACAAAGAAUGA